ACGGCUCUGAUUGACCGCGUCACCGAGACGUGGAUUCUCAUGCACCUCGGCACCUCAAUGCUGCACAGCUUUCAAAUACGUAUUGAUGGCCAUGAUCCUAGUGUAGAACACGAUCGUCGCGCCAUUCACCGGUCGCUGAUGCGAAUCGGCAUUUUGUACGACUCGUUCGUUCGUCCGUCCGUCUGUCCGUCCGUCUGUCCGUUCGCCUGUCUGUCCGUCCGCCUGUCCGUCCGUCAACCAAUCUCUUCGCCAGCAAUGGUCAACUCGGCCAGUAGCGUGGCUAAUCGGUUGAACGCAGCAAAAAACAACAGGUACUUGAAAUCCGAGUUCCGAAUGCUAUCACUACCAAUAGGCUUGCGACUGAAACCACGUGCUCGCCGUCCGUUGGCUGGGUGGAAUGGUCAUCGUUUCGUAGGAACCGUAUCAAAGGCCCGCGUGGAGCCACGGCCAGAAAGUCCGUACAGCAGAACGCGAGACGCUUUCAACAACGACAGACCAACGGUGACCGUGGCUCGGCAUGGUAUCCCGCCCGUCGUCGUUAAUGCCACAAUAGCGUUUGCUAACCGGCCCGGAAGCUCCGCCCCGCCCAUUGGCCCGCGGUGCGAACAUCAUCUGUCUCGAAUGCCAAUGGUCGGUCGGGUGACAGGAGGACAGAGCAAGAACGACGGGCGCGUAGCGUCGGCAGGUUCAAAGGUUCAUCGUGUACCGCGAUGA